AGGUAUGUAUGAGUGUGUGAGUGCGCGCCGCUGUGUUUGUAACCUGUUCUGCAUGUAUAUGAUAAUAAACCAGUGUUAAACUAGCUCGUGUGUUUGACGGUCGUGUACCCUCCCGUAGCACCCCCCGCGCAGAUCUAACACGUGGCGACGUUCGGACUCGCGUUUUAAUAUAAUAUCACAAUUAUGGCCACUACGGGAGCAACGUUUGGUGUGCUUUCUACUUUUGAUCACACUUCGCAGGACUGGAUCAGCUACAAAUCUCGGCUAAGUCAAUGGUUUAUUGCCAACGACAUAAAUGAUCAGACCGAUAAGUCCGCGGUCAAAAGAAGAGCAAUUUUACUAAGUGCACUAAGCGAAUCGUCGUUUAAGUUAGCUAGUGACCUGGCAUUGCCUGACAAGGUGGAAGAAUUGGAAUAUGUCAAAAUAAUUAAAAUUUUCGACGAUCAUUUCAUACCGAAACGACUGGGUUUCGCGGAGAAGUCCACCUUCUACUCGGCAACACAACGACCAGGCGAAAGUCACACUCAGUGGGCAGCCAGGAUUAGAGGUUUGGCGACACAUUGCGGGUUUAAAAAUUUGGAAGAAGCCUUGCUGGAUAAAUUUAUCAUGGGCAUGGUGGCAGGACGCGAAAAGGAUAAGCUGUUCGCCCAAAAUCAAGAGGACCUGACCCUGGCCAAGGCCAUCGACUUGGCAGAGAGCGUACGGUGCGCGCGGCGCGCCACCGCCGCGCAGGCUCCGGGGGCGAGCGCAGCGGGCGCCGGCGCCGACGUGGCGGCGACGGGCCCGGACUCCGUGUUCAACAUCUCCAAGAAGGAAAAAUGCAGUGUUUGCGGGUUUACCAAUCAUAAAUCUAAUCAAUGCGGCUACAAAAACUAUAAGUGCAAAAAGUGUAACAGGAAAGGACAUUUACGUAAGAUGUGCACGUUCAAGGACGCAGUGAAGUUCGUAGAGGAAGGGUAUGAGGACGAAGGAGACGACGUCCUUACAGGCUAAAUAUUACAAAGGAGUUCAACGACCCAAUUUCAAAAUUAAGGACAACGUGUGGUUAACAAAAUACACUAAUAAUAAUAAGAAGAUUACUUGGAUCGAAGGUAUCGUAAGAAAACAGAUCGGGAAAGUCAUGUACCUAGUUUAUGUACCACAAUUGGACUGCGAGUUAACCAGACACAUAGAUCAACUGAGGGCUCAUCCAUUCCCCAUACUAAGCGACAACUCGCAGUGGGAUCCCGACGUCGUGCCAGACAUACCGUCGUCGACGUCGGCGCCCGCCACGCCGGCCGCCGCCGCCGCCACCGCCACCGCCGCGCCCUCCACGACGAGCGCGAGCGCCGCGAGUACUGCACCACCUGCUGCUGCGGACCCGCUCUCUUCACAGCCACAGGAGGGAGAGAGGCUGGAUGAGACUGCCACACCGGCAGACCAAGACCCGGCUCGGACCGAGGGUUCGACAACGCUUACAACGCCGCCUGCCAGUAUUAGGCGACGUUAUGCGAUAAGCCCCCAGUUUGCAACUCCCACGCAAGAUUACGAUACCGAGGAGACAAUCAGUGAUUAGUAUUAAGGUUUAGGUAUUAAGCUCUAGCUAUAAGAGGGAGGAGUGUUAGGUAUGUAUGAGUGUGUGAGUGCGCGCCGCUGUGUUUGUAACCUGUUCUGCAUGUAUAUGAUAAUAAACCAGUGUUAAACUAG